AUGCUCGCUUCUGUCGUCUUCGCUUCCCUCAUCGUUGCUGCGAACGCUCAUUUCCAGCUGCAAUUUCCCGCACCUCGCGGUCCCUUUGUAGAAGAUGAUGAACCAAAGUUCUGUGACGGCCACGAUGACCCUGCCAGUCGGCGCACCUUUUUCCCUCUUUCUGGUGGUGUUAUCAGCUUGAACUCUGAACAUGCGAAAUGGGUCGCGGUCGUUUCGAUUACCUCCAAAUCGGACCCAACUCAGUUCAGUGAUUUCGCACCGGUAACGGGCGUUCUUCAGGCAUCGGGCGAAGGCCUUUUCUGUUUGCCUUUCGAUCUCUCUAAGACGAACGCUACUGGGCUUGCCGAUGGACAGAAUGCUACCCUCCAGAUACAAUUCAACGGAGGCGACAGUGACCUCUUCCAAUGUGCUGACAUCACUCUUUCGAGCUCUGUGACUUCACCUCCUUGCUCUAAUGGUACUGGCGUUGCAUCUGCCUCCUUGAGUCCUGCCCCCAGUGCAACCCGUUCCGCCUCUGGCUCUGGCUCCUCUGGUGCUCCCGGUGGAUCGUCAGCAAGGACCUCGCCUUCUUCCAGUCCUUCGCCGUCCAAUCCCCCGUCCGCUGGCGAGCGAGUUAAAGCUAGCAUUGUUGCUGUAGUCGUUGGUCUCCUUGGGAUAGCUGCUGCUGUCGCCUAA